UCGUCAUGUGGGACAAUCACAUGCUUCCCGGCUUUGAGGAGUCGGGUGGCAGCUGGGCUGGAAAAAAAAAACAUACAUGAACAAACUGAAGGUAUUAUGGAUGUCUUUUGUGGAGACUACGGAAAAAAGGGACAAUACGUGACGUAUUAAGAUGGGGGACUUAUUAAUAUGAACCGAACUCAGUUCCAAGCGAGCUGGCUACCGGACAAGAAUGAGGCGAUAAAUUCUUGGAAAAGUGAAGCCUUUCGCGCUUGAGGGCUUUUUGCAUGUUUUUGAAUAGGACGUUCAAAGCUCACUAGCGAGCUAGGAAAUGGUACGCAAACCACCUUCUUUAAAACAGUUUUUUUUAUAUAUGAUUUGCGGUAAUUAUAAUCCGCACACACUGUCCUCGUGUUACCUUUUAUCACUGACAAAAUAGUUUUUUUUUGGUAUGGGUGAACGGGCAUGAUUGUUAUCCGAAAUCAGUCAUAUUCCCAAAAAAAAAUUUCUGAAGACUACUUGGAUGACAAGUCGAAGUUUUUAACGUGAUGUAUUUUUUUAAAUCAAACUGAAGGACUGACUGGGAAUCGACUGGAGACAACACGCUAGUAUCGAAGCCCUUUGCCUGUCAGCGAUGUUUGUUUGAGAGAUAGGGUACUUUGUUUCAUUUUACAGUUAGCAACUAGGCUAGCCUAUAUUAACGAUGAGAUCUUCUUUGGCUCCGGGAAUUAAAUUGAUCACCUCUUUUUCCAGGGACAGCUGGUAUCGAGGCUUCAUCCUUGUCCUCACCUUCCUCUUCUAUACGGCCUAUCACCUGUCCCGCAAACCUAUCAGUAUUGUCAAGAGUGAACUUCACAGAAACUGUUCCACUGUGAUUCGGCCGGCCCACCUCAACGUGAGCGACAAUGAGACUUGGUGCGACUGGGCCCCGUUCGACCAGGACAACUACAAGACGCUAUUUGGCGCAGUGGAUAACUCCUUCCUGGUGGCCUACGCCAUUGGCAUGUUUAUUAGUGGGAUAUUCGGGGAGCGGCUGCCUCUCCGCUACUACCUCUCCUGUGGGAUGCUCCUCAGCGGAUUAUUCACGGCCCUGUUUGGGCUUGGGUUCUACUGGAACAUCCACUCCCUCUGGUACUAUGCCUUCGUCCAGGCAAUGAACGGGCUUGUUCAGACCACAGGCUGGCCGUCGGUGGUGACGUGUGUCGGGAACUGGUUCGGGAAGGGAAAACGGGGGCUGAUCAUGGGGGUGUGGAACUCUCACACCUCCGUGGGGAACAUCCUGGGCUCGCUGAUCGCGGGGGUGUUCGUGUCCUCGGCGUGGGGCAUGUCCUUCAUCGUGCCCGGGAUCAUCAUCGCCUGCACCGGGGUCCUCUGCUUCUUCUUCCUGGUGGAAAAGCCUGAAGACGUGAACUGCAGCCUGCCCCAACACCAUGGUGACGGAGGCGAGGAGGAACCCCUCAUUCACAACCCCUCCAACCCCGAGGAGAUCUUCAGCAGCCCUGGGUCCUCCACCCCUCAACCUGCUGGGGAUGAGCCGGAGGCCAUCAGCUUUUUGGGGGCCCUCCGAAUUCCGGGUGUUCUGGAGUUCUCCUUCUGUUUACUCUUUGCCAAGCUGGUCAGCUACACGUUCCUUUACUGGCUACCUCUGUACAUCUCUAAUGUUGCCAAUUUUGAUUCAAAGUCAGCUGGCGACAUGUCAACACUGUUUGACGUCGGAGGCAUUGUUGGUGGUAUCAUGGCAGGGCUGGUGUCAGACUACACAGGUGGCAGGGCCACCACUUGCUUCGUCAUGCUGAUUGUGGCUGCACCCAUGCUGUUUCUCUACAAUCAUGUGGGACAGAAUGGCUUGGGCACUACCAUUGGUAUGCUGCUGGUGUGUGGAGCUCUGGUCAACGGCCCCUACGCCCUGAUCACUACCGCCGUCUCCGCUGACCUGGGAACUCAUGAGAGCCUCCAAGGAAACGCCAAGGCGUUGUCGACGGUAACUGCCAUUAUCGAUGGGACUGGGUCAAUAGGUGCUGCUCUUGGUCCUCUGCUGGCAGGCUUGAUUUCCCCAUCGGGGUGGAAUAAUGUGUUUUAUAUGCUUAUUACAGCAGAUGUGCUUGCCUGUUUGCUGCUGUCCAGACUGGUGUUUAAGGAAGUAAGGGGCUGGUGUGGCCCCGGAGCGAGACACAGAGGGUUCAAAGAAAUCUGAAGGCCCGAGCAGACCCUGAAGAGCUUUUCCCCGCGGACAGAGAAACCAGUAUGAUAAUGUGGGAGAGAGGGGCGGAACAAAGGACCAGCAGCUGAUGUUCUGCGGUGAAUGGGCAGCAAAACGGAAAAGUGAAUAAUAAAGGUGGGACUUUCAUCCUUUGGAAACAAAACAUCAAUAACCAGCGCGGAGACGGGUGCAGAUUAAAGGAGCCAAACGAUGGAGAGCCGGGGACAAUGCCGAGGGGCUGCGGGGUCGGUGCCGGAGGGCGAGGGGGGCACAGCGAGGCCCGGUGUCGCUCCACCAGGCAGCCGCUGUGCGCCGCCAAUUCAUUUUAUUUAACUGUUUUAGUUUACUAAUGCCUUUCCUCCUCAUCUCCUGUUUGUACCUCUUUCAUCAUUAAAAUUGCUCUCCGCUCAA